AUGGGAAAUACAGGCCUUGGGAAACACAGAGACGUUCAUAGCUCAGAUUCAACCUUGGAGUUUGAAACUGGCAAGAAAAUGUUCCCCAGUGAACAUGAAGCCAAGAGGAUUUUGUCAGGUGCGUUGAAAUGUUGUAUCAGGACAAACUGCAUGAGAUGAAGAGUGCCUUAUUACUUAACCCUUUAAGCCCCAAUAUCCACAUACAAAUUCUCCAAACUGAUCUCCAUAGAUUUUCUUAAGAAUUACUUGAGAGAAUUUGAUAAAAGAUCAUGGCAUUUUCCCUUUGGUGAUCAUUUUAUUAAUUCUCAUAACUUUAUCUCUUGACAAUGUAUGGGUAUUAUUAGGAGAAAAUUGUUUUUGGUCACUAUUGGCACUUAAAGGGUUAAUACUUGCCAAAGCACACGAAUUAUGCAUGUGUCACAUGCAUUCAGAUUGAAAAUCCCAAUCACACCUUUGAUUGGCCAGCUCAGGGAUGAUUAGCCAAAUACUAUUCACCUCCCAACAACCAAAGAGAAGUAAAUAGCUUUUGAGAAUUAAAGUGGACUUUUUUAUUGAGCACAGAGCAUUGUAUUCCAAAAUAGUGGAAUUUUGGUACUGAAGAUCAUUCAUUUGAUCACCUAUUUUGUCAUGUGACUUUGCAGGGUUGUCACUAAGGGCCGGGGUCGGGGAUUUCCCCCGGCUACUCAGAGCAUGGCCCCCGGCUACUUUCGUCGUUAAACUAAACCAAAAGAGCACACCUUUGAAACACACAAAGACUAUCCAUCAAACUAAAUGCGAGUUUCAUCUGCAGCAGGUUUAAGUUAUUCUGAAAUACUCGCGUGCAAAAACUAAGAAACGUCGGAAAAAGACAUCUGACUUAGAUUUGGUACUAGUACACACGCGCGAAAACUCUCCGUUCGCGAAAUGUCGGUAGGGAGUUUUAGCAAAGACGACGGCGACGGCAACGAGAACGUCAAAAAAGCAAUGGGUUUAUUGAGCAAAACAACUAGUUUGCACAUGCAUCACGCUUUUUUGUACAUUUCUUUGCCGUUACCGCAUGACUACGACGUGAAAAUGCCUAUUUUCACGUUUUAUGGAGGUCGUAAAACAAGCGACGACAAACUUUUCUUCCUCUUUCUAAACUUGAGUGUGCCCAAAAAAAAUAAACUCCAGGGAAAUUGGCCUACAUUAGCUAUUUUCAGCAAAUUGAAAUAAAUGCGACAAAGUUGGAAAAAACGCCAAUUCAUUUUUAAAAGUGAAGUUUUCACUGCCGUCACCUUUGUCGAUGCUAAAAGUCCCUAGUUUCAACCGUUGUGUAGGGUUUGUGUUGAGCAUGUCGAAGAAGUGGCAAAGGAUUCUGCACUCUUUGUUCACGAUGAAAGACCUGAGCAGAUCUCUGUUGACAUCACAAGUUGAGGCAUCAUCCGAGGGUUAAAUCUCCUUGAUGCUGAUGUUGAUGAUAAUUAGGAUUAUGAUGAAGGCUUUGAAGAUGAAGACUAUGACUGAGUAUGUUAAGUGAUGUUUCGUUCAUAAAUUCAAGACCACUAAUGUCACCAGUUGUGCAGUUUAGUUUUGCCAUAUUUUAUCCGGCGAUUUUUCGUACGUUAUGCUUGUUUUAGCCUUAUCAUACUUUUAUAUUUCAACAAGCCAUAGUAACCUUAUGUUUAUGAUGCUUUUUCGUACAUUCAAUAGGGCCAUUUAUACGAGGAAAAAUAAGACGCGUCUUACAUAAGACGCGUCUUAAAUAAGACGCGAACUUUCCGUAUAAAUGGCAAAUUUCGUCUAAAAUAAGACGCGGCUUAGCUAAGAUGCGUCUUAUUAGAUAAGACAUGCUGGUAUAAGUGGUACAGUUCGCGUCUUAUGUAAGACGCGUCUUAUAUUUCCUCGUAUAAAUGGCCCUAUUGUCCGCUUUUCUUCUUUCCGCCUCUGCGUGGGUUAAUUCAUUUGCAAUAUUGGUUUCACUUUUGUUUUCCGUAAGUUGUUUCGUUCUUACGUAUAACUAAAAUAAUGAGGAUUUACAAUUGAUUUUACAGCGCAUGUUAAUUAAUUUGCACCGUAUAAGAAUCGAUUGUCCUUUCAACAUUUUUAGCAUUUGUAAUGUAUCGUUGUGAUUUAAUACUUCACUGGCCAGCAUGCACCUUGUCUGCGUGAAGAUAAGACUGCGCAGAUAACCUGACCGGUGCCCACCUGUCCUUUUUUUUUAGGCCCGGUGCUUACAUGUAUAUUCCCAUUUGGCAGCCACUAAAAAAAACCUCCAACGAGCCUUUACGUAAAGUAAUUUAACUAUUAUUUUAGUGUCUCAGAAUGUUGUAGUUUUCUUUAAUAAAGACGUGAUCAUCAUAAAACCGCUAAUGAUAGCUGUACUCUUGAUGAAGAUUGCUUUUUUGGGGCGGUAAUGCCUUUUCGAAAACGGUAAAAGCUGCACUUCAAAACCUUCUUGGGGGAGGGGGGGUGGGAAGGGGCUCCAUGACUGCUUGCGACUUCCCCGGCUACUAACAACAAAUACCCGGCAGCUUGAAAUCUUAGUGACAACCCAGCUUUGUGAGGAUCAAUAUGCAUUGCAUGGUGCACAAGAUUUCAAAAUAAAAAUUCAUAGCAUUUGGCCAAAAAAAAUUAAUUCUUUGGUUUGAUAGUUACUUUUCUGUUCCAUGUAUUUCCUAAAAUCAAUUUAUUUAUUACUCACGAAAGUGUUGGUUAAAGUGGUGAAUAUUUUACAGCAAAGAGACCGCUUUUGAUUUAUUCACAUUCUUUCGUGCAGAUUUAAUCCAAUCAGAAGCCAGCUGGAAACUGUCCUCGACUUCUGAUUGGUUAAUGUCUGCUUGAAAGAAUGUGAGUUUAUUAACCCUUUAAGCCCUAAGAAUGAUCAGCAUCAAAUUUCUCCUUGUAAUAUCAAUGCUUCGUAAAACAGAGUUGUCAUGAGAAUUACAUACAUGAUCACACAAGAUGAAUUUGCUUGAAAUUUUAAUCAACUUCUCCCCACUACUUCUGUAGGAAAUGAAUAGGGGCAACAAAUGAGAAUUCAAAUUUUGAUCUAAGGGUUUAAAGGGUUAAAGGAGGUCACAGUUUUGGGCUCCUUGCUGUUAUACCAAGCCAUGAAGCAGCAAAGUAAAUGCCCAUCACUUUUUUUCACUUCCACUUUUGUUAAUUACUGUUAUUACUAGAUUCUCUUCUGCUAGAUCUAUAAAUUUAUGAAUCAAAGGGAAUAAGAAGUCUCUGAUGGCCUUAUUCCACACAUCCACUCAAAAGUAUAAUUCACUUACACCUGUAUAAACUUAUCUCUAGCAAGGGAACCAGAUAUGGACAGCUACAGUGACUAUGAUUAUGAAGAUGAUGCCAUGGAGCCGGAGCCACCACAGAAAAGAACAAUACCAACAGUGUUUAGAUGGGAGAACGGUGGCAGAGACGUGCUACUGGCUGGGAGUUUUAAUGAAUGGAAAGCAAGGAUUCCCAUGAACCUGAGGUUAGUGUUAACCAUUUUGUGAUCCUGUAUUUAAAUUUCAUCCCGAACAAAAUUGCUGAAAAGCGUUCACAUACCGGCUCUAUCAUUUACCACUAGUUAAAUUCUUAUAGUGAUGUGAGGAUGGCCUGAAAAAAGAAGGUCUUGUAGUAGCCUUGCUUCUUUUUUUAGGAGAAUUUUUGGUCCUUAAGGGUUCAUACCAGGCUAUUUUGGACAAUUCAGGGUCAAUUAACAAUUAUUGGGUUAUUCCAGAAAAAAUGUACCCCCCACCCCAACUUAAGACACAUUUUUUACUCCCUGCUCUUCCAGCUGGAUUUCCAAAAUUGCUUGAGCUCCUCUCCCCUCAGGAUUUCUAGGGUGCUUUGAUUCUUUUUCUCUUUGCUACAUAUCUUAGGCACCUUUUUGCUAAUAUUUAAAGGAAGUGUAGAUGAUGAUGUACUGUUUUUGUAAGUUUAUAUUAUUAUUGUUAUUUGUUAUUUUCUUUUUCUAGUCAAGGAGAAUUCUCAGCUAUAAUUGAGCUUCCUGAAGGAGAGCAUGAAUACAAGUUUUGUGUUGAUGGGCGCUGGAUUCACGACCCGAAUGCUGUGAGUACUUAG